CUCCACCAAAUUGCCUUGAAAGACAUCGAUGCUGAACCGUGGUCUUCUUUCGGUGGUGCGCCGGGCUGCAUUCACCAAUGGCGCAGCAUAUGUAGCAUUACAAAAUUUCUCGCCAAAGCCGCUGGCUACAAGUGCCAUAAUUUUUGGUGCUGCGAACGCUGUUGGGUUGGGAAUUUCUGUUGCGACAGGGUCCCACUACCAUCUUGAUCCCAUUGGGACUGGCAUUUUCUCUGUUGCUGCAAUUGGACUGCGUGGCGCACCAGGGGAGCUGCAACAGAAUGUCAGUGCAGUUUGCAUUUUUCUCUGGGCAGUGAAGCUUGCGGGCUUCCUGUUCUACAGAGCCCUUCUUACUCAUACGGAUGCUCGACUAGAUGAGUUGCUCUCAAGCAAUGCUGGAGCAUUUGGCUUUUGGUUCAUCUCAUUUGCUUGGGGAUGGAUUGUAUCGUUGCCUCAUGCCUUAGCAGCUGGCGUGUCUUCCAGCAUUCGGCCUCCUUUCCGUUGGUAUGAUGGGCUUGGCAUUGGAAUUUUUGCCGCAGGUUUUCUGCUGGAGACUAUUGCUGAUUGGCAGAAAUGGCAGUUUAAGAAGGAUCCAUCCAGUCGUGGUAAGUUUUGUGACGUCGGUGUUUGGCAGUUGUCACAGCAUCCUAACUGGUUUGGCAAUUUCCUGCUCUGGAGCGGCAUUUGCGCCCUGAAUGCGUCAACUUUGGCUGCAGUGGGCCCACUUUACAUUCUUCCCAGCCUGUUGAGUCCGCUUUUCUUGUUGGCAUUGUUUUAUGGUCAGGCCUGCGGUACCAUCUCCAACACUGUCGAGCUGGCAAAUGCCAAGCAUGGCCAUGAUCCCGCGUACCAGGAGUACAUAAAGAAAGUCCCAGUCUUCAUGCCAUCACCCAGCAGUAUGCUAAGACUCUGUUGAGACUCUGAGAGCCAAGCUUAGCACAUUGUAUAGCUGUUAUUAUGUCUCACCGGCCUUGUUGCUGUCCAGAGCCCGUCAGCUUGUU